AUGAAUGUAAAGAAACUCCUCAAAAUUGACAUAGUAUGUGUAUUCCAUUGCUGUGCCUUGGCUGACCUUCCGCGGUGGAUAAAGCAGAGCCUGCAACAACGGGUGGAGGAUUGGAAGCAACGCAGCAAGACACUGGUGGAUCAGAUACACGAGGUGGAUCCAUACUACGUACCCACCAACGACUACCGGUUCAUAGGCCAAGCCUCGUAUGCCGAUAUUGCAGCAGGACGUACCAAUAGUCCAAGCUCGAGAAAUUGUAGCCCAUAUAGACACCAACGAGAAGUCACUCCUCCUACCAUGACCGCACAAGUAUUACGACCUGUGGUUAUGCAAGCUCAAAAAUUGACUAUGGAACAUUCUCUUUCGUUGGACGAGGCACAAAUCUCAAAGAUGCAAAUUCCUAAAAAUGACACGAACAUAAAUAAAUCAAAAUCGCAAUUACAAACCGAGACACACGUGCCAACAACAGAUGAUCGAAGCACAAUCGAUGUGGAAGAAUGUCAUCAAGCUGUACCCGAAGUCGAAUCAUCCAUGCCACGUCGAGGACGAUCGCCUACACGCAAAAUAAACUCAUCCAAAGUGAAAGACCCCAAAAUAAUAGCGGAUCAAGAAGGAGAAAUCGACAGACGUGAUAAUCUUGGACCUGGCGCGAAUUCCAGGCAAGAAACGCAAACGGAGCCCGUGAAGAACUCUCUAGCACCGUAUGAAGAACGAAGAGGUCGUUCGCCCAGUCCCAUGUGGGUUCCCGGUUCUACUUCCUAUGCUGACAUUCUUCGUGGAUGUAUACAGACAAUGCAGAUUAACACUGCUCCGGCGCAACCACCUAGACAAAAAAUGGUUUCUUUAUCCGAAGAAUCUCGACGGAAUCGAAUGGAAGUUCCUCGCGUGGAAGAAAUCACGGAACAAGAUAUCGCAAACGUUAAAAAGUCUCAACAAGUUACAGACCAGCAAAUUGUUGAAGUUACAGUCCAGCAAAUUGUACCGACGCAAGAAAUACAGGCGGAAAACAUGCAAAUCGCAGAGACUUACUGUCAACCUGAAAUUUCCACAGAGAAAGCAGAGGAUCAAAAUUACACCGAAUCUGAACCGACUAAUUGGACCGAUGAGUCCUUGCAAGAUUACAAUGUACUGCAACAUGUGAAAUCUUAUGAGAACGUGCCAAGACAACAGCAACCGACGGAGAUCUACGAUUAUAUGAUACCGGAGACGAUGCCGGAAUUGGUAGGUUUUAUCGGGUCUCAUCUCGGAACGUAUCCAGUAAGUUCGUACGUUUACGCGCCGUCCGGUCAUCAUCAGCAAGUACAGCAACUCGAUCAAAUAAGCUUGAAUCCUUAUGAUAACAGUUCUUUAGCUUACGCGCCAGAACAUUACGUUGCGCAAACCGCAUAUCUUUCGGCAUCGGAUAUUUAUCAGCAGACUCCGAUGCAGCAACCCGUUGAUGAUAUGAGACAUACAACUGCGAUAGUGAUGGAGAAGCCUGUUGAGGUGUCAAUAAUUAGACAAUCUGAAGUUCCUAAAGACGUGAGUGCGACUGAACUUAUCGAUAAGCCUGAACAGCAAAAAUCUGUAAAUAUCUCAAAUGUAGAAACUUCCACAACGAAUAAAACAGAAGGAAGGAAUGCGUCAUCAUUGAAUAAUAUGGAAACCAAAGGGCAAACCUUUUCAUACGCACAAAUACUUUCGCACGGACUCAGUCCACGUGUUACUUCGACACGCAUCGUUAGCGAAUCAGCAGCCGCAAAUUAUCAAAGUAAGGAACGUUCUGAUUCGCCAAAAGAGUCACUCGAGUUACCAUCUCGCGAAUUGUCACCAUUGCAGGAACCGAAAUUCAAGCAAGAGUCGCAAUCAUUCGCGGUUACGUCUGAGCAAUCUAAACAAUCCAAAGAAAACGAUUGGGACACGAUGAAGAAACGAGAGGUCAGGAAGAGGCAACAGCACUCGAACGACAAAAUUAAACAGACGGAUGAGAAAAAAUCUCGAAAGCCUAUCGAUAAACCAAAGGAGAAACAAAAGAACGAAAAAUUAACUCCGCCGAAGCAAUUGGAAACGCAAGAUGAAUCUUUUCUUGAUAAAAUCAGCGAUAGCCCAAUGCAAAAAGAGGAAAAACUAGUGCAGCAAGAACAGCCAGCAGUUGAUUUAGACACAAAUCCAUCGCAAGAAAAGAAACGAAGACAAAAGAAAAAGAAAAUAGAUAAGUCAGUAGGAGAUGAAAUUGACAAAGCUCUUAAAGAGAUUGAGGAUAUGGAUAAACAAAAAAUAAGAUCUCAGAAAGACAAGCUUAAAGAGCAGAAUAAAGAAAUCAAACCUCAAGAUUCCGUUAAUGAGACGAUAGAAAAACAUAACGACGAAGUUGAUAAGAAACAAAACAAAUCUGGUGAAAAGUCCAGAAAAUCAAGAAAAUCUAAGGAAGCAACAAGAAUAAAAGAAACUAUAUCUAUGGAACACGCUAUAUUGUCAAGUAAAAUCAAAGCAAGCGAUAAAAAUAUUUUAAAAGAUAACGUGGAAGAUAAAAAAGAUACGAAGGAUGCAAAAGUUUCAGAUUCCAAAAAUGAAGAGGAAGUCCAAAAAGAUAUUAUCAAAGAAAUGUCGAAAGAUCAAUUGCAAAUCGACAACAAUAGCCACAUUAAUUCUAACAAACCCGACAAUGUAACGAAAUGUAAGAACAAAAUUGAUAAAGAUACAAAAACCAAAGAACAAAACGAAGAGUCUUCAGAAAAUAAAAUGCAAUAUCAAUCGGAUGUUCUAAAAAAGAAUAAGACAAAGUCAAAAGAGCUGAAGUUGGAAGCUGAAGAUAGUAACAUAAAUCAAGAAAAGCUUGAAAUCAGUACUAAAGAAAUAAUUGAAGACAAAUCUUUGAAAUCAAUUAAACCACUAAUUGAUAUUGAAACAAAAGAUUCCGAAUCAAAGCCGCUUAAUAUUACAAAAAUCGCUAGCGAUGUAAACGAAAGCAAAAAAAGUAAAACCAAUCCUCGAAAGAAAGACAAGGCCUCUAAAAAUAAAAUAAAAUCUGAGGCCAUAAUUGAUCCGUCAUCUGUAAUUUCAACAAGCAAAGUUUUGGAUGAAAUUAAAAUGAAUUUAAAUGGUACAGAAAAAUAUGACGUUGUUCCAAAAUCAGAACAAAUGAUCGAAGCUAAAAUUGCAGAAGCAACAGUAGUUGAGAAAACUUCAAAAGAAAUCUUAUUGCCUAAAACAGUUCAACAAAUAGCACAAGAAAUUGUACAAAUUGAUAAAACUGAUAAAACAUAUGAUUCAGCUGAAGUUAAAGAAAGCAAAGAAACAGAGCAUCAAACAAAUGCUAAAUUAGAAAUUGAAAGCUUCACAACAGAAAAUUUAGAGAUCAGUACAAUAGAUGAUAAAGAAGCAAUUAAUAAUAAUACAAAAAUAAUUGAAAAAAUUAAAAAACCAGAAGUAGAGAAAUGUCAGAUAAAAACAACGAAACAGAAAAAAUCCGAAAAAGCAAAAUCUAAUUUUCAAGAUAAAAGAAAAGAAAAUCACACUGAAAAUAACUACGGCGUUAAAAUAGACGAAAGAGAAGAUAGAGUACUCGGCCAAGUUAAUAAAUCAACUGAAAAACCUACAACAUUACCUGAGACGGAUUUGCCUAUUUCUACAGUACAUAAGAAUGUCGAAAUUAUUUCUACAGAAACACUCCCUAAAGAAUCUGAAGUUUCUUCAGAAAUAAGUAAUACCGUUUCGGACAUGGAAAAAAAAUAUCAGAAUAUUAAAAAUGGGAAACUUAAUCACCAUAAAGAAACAAUUAUUGAAAACGAAGACGUUAAGACCGAUAUAAAUGACAAGAAUUCCCUACUAAAAGAGCAGGAUAUUAAAAAAUCGAAAGACGCAUCCAAGGAAAAGAUGUCGAAACGUAUGAAGAAAAAAGAACGCCUAUCUCCUACACAUACAGCUGAACAAAUGAAACAGUCUUUUUACGAUAAGUUCCAAGAGGAAAUUGUUUUCAAGGAUGAUUCAACGAAGAAAGGAGAAACCCCAAAGCUUACAAAUCUAUCUCUUGCGAAAAUUGAUAAUGUUGAUAACGAAAAGACGAAAGAAUCGCCGAAAAAGAAUGAAGCUGAAACUGAAUUUGAUUCUAAUGUUUCAAGUGAUUCGAUCAACAAAGCUCAAGUAUAUGAAAAAUACACAGAUGAGACACAUAAUAAUUUAGAAUCCGAACAACCAUUUUCGACGGGGAAGGCUUUGAUUAUAGAGAAAAUGAUUACUACCGUAACGACUACCACCAGCGUUCCAGGAUCGGUAAAAGUCAAGCCACCCGAUGUCAAGUCCGUUAAAUCGGUAGAAAUAAUAGAAAACAUACCCCUUCCCAAAAUUGUAGGUUCCAAAGUUACCGAGUUAAUCACUUUGCGUCCUGAAACUGUAGAGGCUAGUCUUACUACUACUUACGCUAGGGUAUCAAAUGAUUCUCUCGUUAGUAUGCAAUCGGAUCAGGCAGCGAUUUCUCAAAAAGUAGGUUUAACUUCCGCGAUUUCCACCGAGAACAUUGUGAUAUCCGACGAAAUGGCCCUAUUCAGUAGCGUGCGAGAUAGGAGAAGGGUUUGUUCGAGCACUUCAGAAAGUCGCGAUAUGUCAAAGAAGUCCCCGCCAAUGACUCCAUUCGAAGAGAAGGAAGGAGAAGUUAUUGCUCAAUUAAAUGAUAUGAAAAAAUUGGGAAAUCAAUUAAAGGUAGAAGUUCCUGAAGAAAAACUAGAGAAUGAUAAUAAAAAGGAGAAUACUGUUAUAACAACGACAUCAGGAAUUAUUGCUGUUGAUACUAUUUUACAAAAUGACAAUAUUAUAGAAGGCCAAAAUAUUGAUAAUUCAGAAGAGGUAGAUGGAAAAACAGAAUUUGCGAUGGAAUGUGAACACACAACCAGAAAAAUAAAAAAUAAAGAAAUACCUGAAAGUUCUAAAAUAAAGAAGAAAAUAGUUCCUGAACAUUUAUUGGAUCUUAUUAAACCUUAUGCAAUGGAUCGCCAUGCUUACAAUCAUGCAGAAAUUCAUACAAGACCAGAAAGCAUAGAAAGAAUCGUACAAGACUCGGUGAUGAAACCGAUCGAUGUUAAAUCAUCGAACCAAGAAAUGAAUGAAAGCAAUUACAGAAGACAUGCUUUCAUCAUAGAAGCGCCAAAAUAUCCGAUUACCAGUUUUUACGAAUUUGAGUCGCAAUGGAUUAAAAUGAAAUUGAUGCCUGAAAAAUCUGUAUCUAUUUCUUCUGAUGAUUCUGAAGUAUCUGUAAAAACUGCAAUAGGAAGAGAGAAACAAACUGUUGACGAAAAGGAAGCUGUAAAUGUAGUAUCUGACUCUACAAAGGAUACAAUUGCGAUUGUAGAGAAACUUAAAGCAAUCGAAACAAAUGAUAGUGAAGAUAAAGAUAAAAAAUCGAAAGAUUUACAGCAAUCUGUACAUUUAGUUUCAGAUGAUUCUUGGAUGAGUAUUUUGGAUGAGCCAAUGAUGAUUGAGGACGAUUUUGAUGAUACAUUUAAUUCAGAAGAAAAUACAAUUAAUAAAACGGUAGAUACAAAAUUGAUAGAUGUUGAAAGCCAAGAUCGAACAAAUGAAAUACAGAUACGAGAAAAACAAUUAUCCGAAAAUAUUUCUGAAGUAGAAAUUCCAUCGUGCAUAGAAUCAAUUGAAGAAAUUCGGGAACCAACUAUAAUUUUAGUUAGCACAUCUGCUAAUAAUACGCAAUUUAAUAAUAAUGUAAAAGAUUUAAUUAGUAUUACUAAUGAUUCAAUACCACAAUCAGAUUCUGAAUUAAAUGUCUCCGUUGAACUAUCCACCGAAAAAAUCAAAAUUAAAGAAACACCAGCAAAGAUAUCGUCUGUACAUCUAGAAUCUGAUGAUACUUGGAUGGCUCUUCUUGAGGAAGAAAUAAUAAUUGAUGAUGAUUUUGAUGAGUUGGAAACAGAAACAAUAAAAGAUAGCCAAAUUAAAAAAAGGGAAGAAGACGUUGAAAUAAAAGAAGCAAAAACUAAACAACAAAUCGAGGAAAAAGAAAUAAAAAAGAAAAAAUCAAUAAUUGAAAAACAAGAAGACGAGAGUGACGACAUUAAAACAGACGUCAGUAAAGACGAUUUAUCGUUACAAAGUAAUUUAGAAGAACGUAAAUUGGAAAAUAAAAGUGAUUGUGAAACAAAAGAAGCAGAGCAAUCUUUGAUAGUAGACAAACAACAGAUUGAAUCGCACAAAGAUAAAGAAGAAUGUGAGAAACGUGAAGAACGUAAGUCGAAAUCCAAAAAAUCCAAAAAACAAAACCAGAAAUCUGAAGUUAUCCUUAAAGAGAAAUCAGCAUUGGUGAAAUGUGAGGGUAACUUAAAUAAAGAUGACAAUAUUGUUCUCUCUAAAGCGACAGAAUCGGAUGUAUUUGAAGAACCAUCAUUUGUGGAAAACCAACAAGAUUCAAAGGGUCACAUGCCUAAAUAUGACAGUCGAUUAAAUCCGAAUGCUAAAUCGUGGGCAGCCAUUGUUGGUACAAGAGGUAUAACAGAAACAACUGUUGCUUCAAAAGAUGACUUUUUAAACACUCAAACGUCCGCUAUUACUCAAGAUACAAAUGAUAAUGUCACAAAUGUCAUAGAACAACCACAAGCGCCGACUGAGUAUGAUUCAUGCAAAAUUCCAUCAAAAGAAGAAACACUCACAACGCACUUACCUUCAUUAGAAAAUCAAACAAGCAAAAAUGUCAUCGAAGAAUUAAAGGCAACAGUGGUGGAUGAAAUCAAACCGAUCGAGGAAAAAUCCACAGAACCGUUGAAACAGUUUAAAGAAAGUAAUAAAUCUUACGCGCAAGUUACAGCCUCCUCCCGAAGAACUUCUCCUCAGAUUUCUCAAGAAGAAACGUACUCAGUUAAACCUAUUCCAUUAAAGACGGAUCAUUCAGCGAUCAAUGUAAAAACAGCCAUUUCAAAUGAAAUGCACGAAGAUUUUAUUACAGAAAAAUUACAAAAUCCAUUAGAACAGGAUAACAAACAAGAUGAAAUAGUAGUACAAUCUUCUGAUUAUCAAACAGUUAUUACAAACCUCACUUCCCAAGAAGAAUCAAUUCCUUGGGUAGAAGAAGUGGAAAAAGAAACAAUGGCUGUCUCUGUUAACCCAAUCAAUACGAAAGAUAAUGAAAUAUAUGUAAAACCAGAAAAUACAUGGGCUGCAAUAGUUGGUAAAAAAUCCGUAGAAUCGAAUGAAGUUAAUGAUAUUAUUAAUCUCGAACCAAGUCUUCCUAAACCAGAACAAAAUAUAGAACCUCCGAUGCAGGUCCAGAUUUGUGUGGAGAAGGCUCCUAAACAAGAACCUAUAGAGAAUUUAGUUCAGGUGGACGAACAAGGUUUUAUAGAAUUUGUUAAUCGGAAGGAGUUACGCUCUAGACGUUCUAGAUCGCGUUCACGAAAUGCUAGGCAAGAUAACAGAUACGCAAACAAAGAAAUAAAAACACUAGAUAUAAAAUUUGAAAAUAGUGAAGAUAUUAAAGCUAAAGAAGAGAUUGAAAAUAAGAUUAAGCAAUCUGUGCAGAAAACUGAAAAUGAACAGAGGACAGUUGAUGAGAGCGACGAAUUGACAAAGAUUAUUAAAGAAGAAAAUGCCAAAUCAUCUAAAAGCAGAGAUAAAGACAAUCAGAAAAAUGAUUCCAAUGAAAACAAAAUGCAGUUUGCAGAAAAUAAAAGUCAUGUUGAGAAUAAAAUUAUUCAAGAAACAAAAUCCGAAUCAAGCGCAACACUUAAAGGUAAAAAGACUAAGUCGAAGAAUAAAGCUGGUAAAAAUUAUAUGAAACAGCAAUCUGAAAUUAAGGAACACAAAGAAUUAAAACAUAUCGAAAAACCAAAAGAAGAUAAAAAAUCUGCAAAUGACAACAAAACAGAACAUAAUAAGAUCCAAUCAGAAAAUAUUGAAGAUCAAUCAAUAAAAGAAACAGAGUUAAUUAAAGAUACAGAGCAUGCGCAAGAGAAUAAAUGUAAGGAUAUAACAGCACUUCCGAUUAUAAAUCAAGACAAUACUGCGAAAUCUAAAAAGAAGAAAAAUAAAAAAGGAAAAUUUGUAACUGAGCAACUGAGUGAAAGUACUUUUGAUAUAGUUAAAAAGACAGUUAUAGCUGGAGAUUUAGAAAAGAAAACAGAAUUGCCAGUAGAACCAAAAUUAGAUGAAGUAAAACUUGAAGAAGUUACUACAGACAUAACAUCAGAAAAACGUAAACAAAAGAAAAAAGUAAAAAUUGCCCAGAGCAAAUUUACUGAUUCAUCUGAAAAUAUAAGUACUGUUGAAAACAUUAAAAUAACAGAAAUCGAACCAUCGAAAGAUAAAAUAGAUGAUGAGUCGAUAAUUGAAAUACAAUCUGUACAAAGAGAAGAAAUUGUGAAGCCUUUAGAGAAAUUCGAAACUGUAAACGAAAAUGAAACCUCACUUCCACAUAUAACUUUGCUAAAAGACAAACAAAAAGCUAAAAAAAACACUGAAGUAAAUUUAUCUAAAGACACAGAAGUAUACGACAUUACGCAAACUAAGGAAGAAAAUGUCAAAGAUCAAAUAUUAAACGAUGAAUUAACUGAAAUUUUACAAUCUCCAAAGAAUGUAACUGACAAAGACCAUUUCUCUAUUGCCACGGAAACAAUUAAGCAAGAAGAUAUUAAAGCAUUAAAUGAAAAUGUUCCUGAAGCCGAAGAAGUACCCGCUGAUAACAUUUUGACAGAAAAAACUGAAAUUGACUUGCCUCAAACAGAAGAAUCUAAAUUUGAUGAUAUUUUGAAACUGCAUGAUACAAUUAACAACGAUAUUACCAAAAUAGAAUCAGUAUUGAUAUCAGAUAAAACAAACGACUCUGUUGAUGAAACCGAAACGGAAACUCCAAUUAAUCAUGUUUGCAUGCAAACGGAGUUACCGUGUGACUCGAUAAAUACAGCUAUAAAACAUUCUUUACCGUCAGAUAAAUUAUCUUCAACUGUGCAACAAUCCUUCGAAGAUGAUAAAUUCGAAGAGGAUAAAUUAAAGUGCAUUGCAAGUACCGAACAAGAAAAUUCUGAUAUUUUAAUUGAGCCAUCCAAAUCUAAAGUCCAGUUCUACAUAGCGGAUGAGAUCUUAGUUCUGAAUCCCGAUCGACGAAAGCACGUUCCAUCGACAUCCUUCCUACAGGAACAAUUUACAACUGAUUCGUGUAAUUUAUGGUUCCUGUCUAUUGAUGAUGGUUUUUGGCCUGACAAACGACCCUAUCACGAAGCCGAGCGUGAUCAUUUCGAGAACUUAGCCUUACAUACAAAAAAAAGUCUCUCACACGAUAGUAAACGUGAUUCCGACGAUCGUUCCCAAGACCACGACGACGACGACAAUUCGGGUGGUGGUAGCGGUGGUAGUAGGUCGUGGGAUUCUUGUGGGAACUCAUGUUCCCUUCUGGGUAUACCUCAGACAGAGCGUAUGAUAGCCGAUUUACCCGGUGGCAUAUGUAGCUGGAGCGACUAUAGCACUUAUCUAUCGAGCGAGAGCGAGCGGACAAUAGAUCAUAAUCUACCACUCGGCACAAUCGAGGAUCCAACAUUACAUUCGAGUUUAUCUUUGGAUAACUCGUUGCCAGAUGAAGUCCAGUCAUCAUCCCCUCCCUCCCAGGAUCCACAGACUGAAUCGUGCAUGGAGUCUCUUGCAAACGCCGAAAUAACACUGAGGGAAUAUCCUGUCUCUUCUUCGAACAGUUUCCAAAGUUCCAAUCAUCCUAGCACUUGCACCAAAUCAUCGACCUUUGUCCACCUUCCACAAUCCAAACUGCAUUUAGGUAAAGAGACGAGGGAGAGAUCUGUGCAACGGUGCAGCCUGAACGGGGAGGUGGAGAGAGAGACGGCUAAAGGCGAGGCUGAAAGGAUACGCAGGAUCCAGGAUGUCGAAGAAGGCCUCGCUUCUUUACAAGCAAGACUUUUGAAUCUCGAAGGAACGAUGAGCUAUUUGCCUCGAGAUAGUAUAGAAUCUAUGCUUUCAUCUCUUAUGAUUAUAUUAAUAGAGCUUCGCGCCAACGAUGAGGAUGCUACGCAACUUCAAAAGCGAUUACAAGAAAUUCCUGCCGAUAUUGAAUCUCAAAAACUCUCGGUAGCUUUGACGGGAAUUCAUACACGUAUCACUUCCCUUCUCGAUCAAGCAGAACAAGGGAGAACAGCUCUGGAACAAGCACGAGAAAGUCGAGAGAAACGUGGCCAAGAGAUUCAUACUUAUAAAUUAUUCCUCGAAGAGACAGAUACUUGGUUAAGAAAUGUCGUAUCAAAAUUACAUGAGCAACAUUCAGUUAAUACCAGCAAGGCUUUACUGGAAGAAUUAAUGAGUCGCGCACAUCAAGUCUCAGAACUCGAAUCGUUGCCAGAAGUGAGUGCGCUAGCGAUAGCGUUGAAGGAAGCCCUCUUGGACGUAAUUGACCGUCUCCAACGAAAGCAGCAGGAGAUCUGUGAAGAGGAAGCUCAAGCUGACGACGAAUCGACAGAGAGAGAUAAUGCUACUUUGGAUGAAGCACCCUCAAUUCAUUCCUCCAUAGAAGGAGGUCCGCCAUCUUUAGCUGACGUUUCUUUACAGACAGGUCAAAGUUUAUUAAUCGACGACGUUGUCGAAAGAAAAACACAACUCACGAAACAGACGUCUACAACGCAGAUGCCGUCGUCAACCACGUGCCAUUCUCUCACCACGCAGACAUCACAAGAUUUAUUGCCGAGCGAGAGUGCUCAAACGCAGGAAGCUAUAAAGGUUUUAAAAACUACAACGGGCGAUCAUGAUGUAAUCGAAAUAGCGACCAAAUACGUGCCGUCUAGUUCUAAUCAAGAAAUAGCGCGUCGGGAACAAUCCAGUAUUCUGUCCAGCGAAGACAUCGUUGUCGAUAUGAAGUAUCAAGACGCGAAAAAGACCGAUAGCGCAACCAGCGAGCUAAACAUUGUCCACGCUGCGCCACAAUCCUUUGAGACAAUUCUGGUCGAACCAGACGACAUCACUACCGAGGUAGUCGUCGACGCUGAUGGCACCAAGAGAAUAAUCGUAAGAAAGUUACGACGUACUACAGUCACCAGCAGGCAAACCACACAACAGCGCGUGUCCACGCUGUCGACAGCGGUCGGAGAUACGCCGACGAUGAUGCAAACUUUCUCAGAGGCUGCGUUGAAAGAUCAACAAGUUACCAUGACCAGGACAAGACCAGAUGGUACCAUCGAGACUACGACAAGGCAGAUUUACGGCGGCAAAGUUACUACAAGCGCGCCCGUCGAAGGUAUCAAUGUGGAGGAGUACGAAUCCGAACCCCGUUACACGCGCAUGGUGACGCAAGGUCAGAUAGGAGAUAUCAGCUGUCAGCCUGUCGAGGAGAAGAUACUGAUGGAGGGCGGUGAGUAUCAAACGAGGACAUCAAACGUUCAUGCUGUGGUGCAACAAGUCACAAGACGGGUGAUCAAGCGAACGCGUAAAAUCAUCCGAAAAGUUACCAUCGUAGAUGGUAAAGAGACCACUAUUGAAGAGGUGAUCGAAGAGCCCGAAGAAGUAGAAAUAGAUGAGCAGGAUAUACCGCAUAUCAGCAUCAACGUAGUUAAGAGCGAAAAUCAAAAGACUUUCCCAGUGGAAAAGGCAAUAGAGCAGCAGGAAGCAGCGACAUCAAAGAUGUCAAUGGGGUCUUAUAUCUCCGAAAUUCCGAUGCAAGGACCAUUUUUUGGACCAUUUGCUAAAGAUAUAACGAGCGUAUGUCGAGAUAAAGCAGAGGAGAUCACAAAAACUUCGCUAACAAUUGCGGAAAAAGAUGACAUCUUGGAAACUAAAACAUUGGAUACUGAAAAUCGCAAAAAGGAAACUACGUUGUUAGAAGAACCCACGAUAAAGAUAGCAGAUUCUACAACAGAUACAGCUGAUUCUAAGAUAAAAUUAACGGAUUCUACACAAACUGCAGUGCUCUCUCCUUUGAAAGAGCAUGUAACACAAGAAGAAAAUUUGGCUAGCAUUCAAGCUGAUGAAGGUAUUUCUACUGUACAAAGUGACGAAAAUGUAGCACGAACAGAAAUUAAAUCGCAAAUGGACAAACAAGAAUACAAGCACUUUCCUACUGAGGUAAAUGGCACAAGUACACUUGCGAUCGAUAAUCAAGCACUAAUCGAUGCUGAACAAUCUGCCGUUUUGCAGACUCCUGUUGAAGAUGUUGCAAUGGUACAAUCGGAAUCUGUAAAAUCUCCAUUAGAGCCGGCCGUAACAGAUGAUGAACCAGUGGUCACCAAGGCUACUUGUAAGUCUGACGAUGCACCAGUAAAGAACGAAACACUCAGUAUCGAGCUAGAAAAUGGCACGGUAGAAGUAGAGACGCACCAUGGUGAUAGCAGCACUGUAGAAGCAGAUAAAAAUAUCGAUGUAUCGAAUGUCAUUGUAUUAGAGAAAGAGUAUGAUGAGAAAGAAGAAUCGAAAAGAGAGGUCUCGCUUGAAUCAUCUAAAGAAGUUACAACCUUAACAUCACUUCAAAAAUUGGAGCUAGGAAACGGAUCGAUUGCUUUAACAAGUAAGUUAGAUAUUUCUGAACCUGACAAAAACGCGGAAAAAACUACUUUAAAAUUGAAAGAUGCGGGAACAUCUUCCAAAGAACGAAAAAUAUCACCAGAAUUGUUCAUAAGUGAGGGAAAAGACAAUUCUAGGGAUGAAGCAUUCAAACCAGAAUACAAACCAAUAUUUCACAAGGUUGAAAUAUCUCUGUCGGUGCGUAAAGAAGAUGAGGAAGUGGAACCAUCAGUUUCUAUCAAAACUCAGGCAGAGCGGCCCGAAAUUGCCCCGUAUAGCAUCGUUAAAGAAGAUGUAGAUAUUAAUCUUCCAGCGGACAAGGAAACGACAAAAGUGAUACACGAUAAAAUUGUGCAGACCACCGCCUUUCUCACUGCUGAAAAAGAAACGGAAACUUUACAAUUAAGUACUGCAGAAAAAGAAGUCGAUGUUUACAUCGAAUCGCCAGAAAAGAGUAAAUCGGAUACUACAAGUCAUAAAAGUAGAAAAAAGAAACGGCACAAGGAUAAAUCAGAAUCUUCGGAAAAGCCAGCAGAAACAGACUCUAGCACUUCCAUUGCUACAUCAAUUGCCGAAUCUAUGGAGAUCAAUAUUCCAUCAUCUAAUUCGUCCAAACAUGCUAGUGAGCAACCGCAACCGGAUGUCGCAGAUAUUAUCAAGUCCGAAUCCUCUCUAAGCUUAGACGACAGCAUUAUGGCAGAGAACGAUGGAUAUCAACCGGACGAUAAAACUAUGGAUGAAUUGUCGAUCGCGCCGGAAAAUGAAGAUGGCAUAAAGAAGAAAAGAAAAAAGAAGAAGAAGCAAAAGGUUCGACUGCUUCGAGAUGAAGAUUUGACUUACAUGCCCAAGACUAGUAGCGACGAUGCGGCGUUCACAGACAAUAGUCUUCCUUUAGAAAUUUCUGAAGUAAAAGAAAUGACCGCAAAAGAUAAAACAAAAGAGGACAUCACGAUAGAAGAAGAUAGUCGAAUUAUAGAAGAGGAGAAAAUGAAAGACGAUACAACGAAGCCAGAAGAUGAGGUGAAAAAAACUAAAGUCGAAACAAUACAACAAGAAAGUAAGUGCAAAACUACGUUAGAUGACGCGAAUACUCAAACAGCUAUAGAAACGUGUGAUGUAUCGACUUCGCUUACUCCAAAAGAAGAGAAAAGUCUCUCUACGUUCAUGCAAACUUCCCCUGAGCCGGUACCGAUCACUUUGGAGAAAGAAAUGCAAACGGCUAAAACUGACGAGACUCAUAUGGAGACGCAAACAUUUUUAGAACCUGGACUUGAUUUCAGCGCGCAAACUAUCGCGGAAGAAACACCGGAAGUCGAAGAUUCAGGUGUACAAACUAUGACACCCACAGCGACGCCAACGGAAGAGUUCGCUAUUCAAACUAGUCCAAUAGAAGAUAUCAUUCCUGCCGCAGUGGAAACGGAAGAUUCUCAAGCACAGACGACUGAAAUUGAUGUUCACUCCAUGGAAAUGCAAACUUCACCUGUUGAAUUAUCUCCAAUGAUAGCAACUGAAACUCAAACAGCAAUAAAUACGGUAACAGAAGUCGAGCAACAGACUACUCCGCCACUAGUGGCAGAGCAAAUUAUUGUGCAAGAAAUUUCUACUCAAACGUUGUCUGAAGUGCCAGAAUCUUUCGAAAGAGAUAUGCAAACGAGUGCCCCGACUAGUCCGGAACAACCAGAUGUUUCGCAUAUAGAUACUCAAACAAUCGCAGAGCCAGAAGUUCUUGCCGAAACAACGGAGACACAAACGACACCUGAAGAGAGUCCUCGAAAAGUGGAGUUGCAGGAAUCUGAAAUGCAAACAAAAUCGCCUGAGCAAACCAAAGAGACUAUGAUGCAAACAAGUCCAACUAUAGUUAGUCCGGAACCUAUACAAGUGUGUGAAGAAUCUGCUCAAACUAGCAUUGAAGAUAUGAAACAGACUACAGAGGAAGAAUCACAGACAUCAGAAAUCAGUCCAAAGAAAAUUGAAACUUCUGAUAGUUCGGUACAAAUAAAGGUAGAAGAAUUGAUACCACAAAUUGAUGAAAGUAUACAAAAUAUUCCCGAAGUAUGUGAGAUCAGUGCACAAACAUCACCAAAAGAAGAGAAACAACCAAUUGAGACAAUCUCGGUAUCUCAACAGACAACACAUAUUCCCACUCAUACUGUUGAAGUAUCUACGGAAGAUUUUAAGACGGAAAUAGUUGAAACAGAAGACCUGAGCAAAGUGCCCGUUCCAAUCACCUUAGAAGAGACGAAGAAAGAAAAAAUAGAUUUAGAAAAAACUCCAGCAGCACCUGAUGUACAAGUACCAGAAAUUGUGAAAUCCAUAGAGGAAGUAAAAGCAGUAGAAAUUAUAAAUAAGCUGAUAUCAGAGAUUCCUACAACGGUCUCAGAAAAUAUCGUACAGAUGAAAGCUCCCAUCGAAAAAGAAACAAAACAUGAAUUUUCUGAAGUAUCUAUGAUGGUAGAACGUCCAAAACCAACGGAGACUAUUAUACAAACAAAAGAAUCUACGCCAUCUUCUAUGUCAGAAAAGGAUAAUACUUCGGAUACGUCGUUUGAAAUCCACGUUCACGCAACUAUAGAACUAUCCGCCAGUGACACGCUCGAUAGUGUUGCAUCUGUUAGCAAGGAAACGACCGAUACUUCGCAAGAUACUACGAUUGCCGAAGAUCUCAGUAACGACAUAAUCGCAGAGCACGAUAAUAAGGUAUCAAAACGGCAAAAAAGAAAGAGAAAGCAUAAAACUAUGGAAAUCACUGUACCGAGCAAGGACAAGUCAGAGCUUGAAUCCGCAUUUAGACAAUCCAUGGAACCUCAAGAUACUGUCGCGAAACCGUCUUACUGCGAUGUUGCCAAACAGCAUAUCAGCAAGCAAUCUCUGAUUGGAAAUGAUGAUAUAUUGGAGGAAGUGGCAUCCGAAUAUCCUUCUCAGAUAACAUCUCAGAUCGAAUCAGAUGUGAAAUUGAAAGACACUGCAUUAAAAACUAUGAUAGAAAAAAUGAAUCGACGUGAAGAAGGUAAGGAUACAUCCUUAGAUAUUUCAACUACCUCGGAAAUAGUACCUAUAUCGAUGAGUGAUCCAUCUGUAAUCGACUCGAAAUACAUUCCAGAAACAAUAGUACCUGAAGUAGCAACAGUGCGAAAAACAUUUGCACUUAACAGACCGAUGGUAGAACCAUUGUUAAUGUUGUCGGAUCAGCAAAAAUCGUUCACAUCUAUGCAGUUGUCGCCCGAGCCAAUGGAUACAACUGAAGAGCCAUUGACACCCAUAGAAAUCGAGCAACCUAUUUUGAAUAAAGAAAAUAUUAAAUCAUUGCGAACGGAAAUCCAGACGUACGCCCAAGUAAUAUCUGAAACACCAGCAGAAAUAUAUGAAAAAAGAGAACCGCAAUUGUGGAAAGAACCUGUUAUCCAAGAAUCGUCUCCUCAAGCAUUAUCCGCGGUUUUUCUUUUAAAGGAAUCUUUGGGAUAUAGCGCUAAACCGCAACAUCAGGGAACGCAAACGAUGCAAGCAGCUAAAAUAAUAACUGACCGAGUAAAGAAUCUACAGAAUACCAACGAAUCGAGUCAUUUAGGUAACAUCUUGCAUAUCGCGCAUCUAGAAGAAGUCACCACAGAAAGACUCGCGGAAGAACGCUCGUCGGAUGUUCGCAGAGAAUUGGCGCAAUUAAAAAAUGCUGUUCAAGAGAACGAUGUCAUAGUUGUCGAAGAAACUCUCGUUACCGUCGUCGAAACAAUCUCAACUUGGCUAGAAACCAUUGAAUAUCGAAUCUUUCUAAACAAAGAAUGUCCGACUGGACCUUCUCACGAGGACGCUAGAACGUUCAUUGAAUUGAAAGAUGAGGUGAAUAAUGUAGAAGAAAGUGUCCGUGAGCUCGAUAAUAUCUGGAAGCAAUUAGAGCAAAACUAUCCGAAAGAGGAACGGGAGAAAUUACGAGAAUGUGUAGAUGCCCUUGAGCAUCAGGUGAAAAUUAUCGAGCAUGUUACUACUGACGGAGAAAGACACGCUAAUAGGCAACUCGCAAGAUGGGAUGAAUUUCUAAAUAGCAUUAAUAACGUAUAUAGAUUAGUCGAAGAACAACGUAAACAGCUCAAUCACAUAAUCGAAAGCGAGUAUUCCACACAAUGGAAAUUACAGGAACUCGAUAAAUUAGACAAUACCAAUCGCUGUCAUAUGUGGAAGACAAGUAGUCUUCUCGAUGCUACUCGAGAAUUACUGAGCGAUCAUCCCGGCAAGAUUAUACCCGAAGAAAUUUACGCAGCGCAUGAGAUGACAAAGAUCAUCGAACAUAGUAUAUGUAUCGAACGAGAACGUCUUCUCCAAUUGCUCGCUUUAGCCGAAGAAUAUGAGCAAACUCUUCAAGAAUUUGCGCAAAUUAUCGAAAUCGCUGAAAAUUUGCUGGACAGUCCAAUAUCCGCACUAAGCCUGGAACAUCUCCAGGAGGAGAUGCAGAAGCACAGAAAAUUUUUUGUCAAUCUAAACCACUGUCGCGCGAUUCUCGAAUCGUUGGAAGGCAAUCUAGAUCCUGAAACCAGAGCCAAACACUCCGGUUUGCACGAAGAACUACAUAGUAAAGCAACGGCGCUGCUCGACCAGGCAGCUUCAAGAGCGCAACAAAUGGCUUUGGCGGCGUCGCGAUGGAUGCUACUCGAGCAGGGUGUAAAAGAAGAAAGAGGAUGGCUCCAGGUUGCACAUCAACGAGUUCCUGAUCUUCAAACGGUGACUUCGACCGACUAUGAUCAAUACAUCUCUUUAUAUCAAUCUCUAUCAUCGGAUGUAGCAACUCAUCAUGCACGAUUAAUUCACUUACUCGGUGUGGCACGUAGCCUUCGUGAUCUUAUCAACAUCGAGGAUCCUGAAGAUCGAUAUGGUGAAGCUCUAGACGUGAUCGUCAAGCUGCAAGACAAUAUCGAAUCCUCUCUAAAAAGACUAUUAGCUUUUAGAGAGAGUUGGAACAAUCAAGAGAUACUAACGAAUCGCGUAGAACAUUGGAUAACAAUGGCCGAGAAGGAACUUGCUACAUUACACGAUCCAUCAGGAAGUUCUAUGCGUCAAUUCUGGGAAUUAAAAGCACAAUUUGAGGUUCACAAUAAUACGCGUAACGAAGCGGACAAUUACUUCGAGCAAGCUCUACGAAUUAUACCUCUGUCGGACGAAAUGUUGCAGCGACAGUUUCACUACGAGUUGCAGGGUCGUUGGAAUGAGAUUAGUGAUAAGAUCAACGAAAUUCAACAAGAUGUCACUCGCAGCAUUUCCUCGGACGAGAUCUCGUCGAACGAGAAACUAAAAUUACUCGAGAAGGAAUUAAAUGAAUUACGAAUGACCAUCAAUAGUUUCCAUGGAGUGCUGAAGACAGAGGAAGAAUUAGACUUAUACGUCGAGAGACUCACUAUAUUAUUCGAAAGAAUCUCUUUGAUCCAGAACGAGAUAGGUAGAUUAGGUCUUUUACCAGCGGCGGAGAGUGAAAGAGUCGGAAUCUUAUUAUCAUCGGCGCGUUGCAUAGAAGGACAGAUAAGCGAAGAACUAGAUUCGGCACAGCUACUCAGAGAAAAGAUUCAGACUCUACAACGUGGAUUAAGUCGCUUUAGAAAGGCUCACAAAAGAUUAUCGAUGAUAUUGGAUCAAUGCGAAGGUAGCGAAAGACAAGAAAGCGACCUGGUAGCGGCAGCUGUAAAUCGUUGUCAAUCUGUCGCCAACGAAUUAGCUGUCCUCUGGCAAGAUCUAAUGGCAUUAAGACAGAUGCUGCAUAAUUUACCAACCGGCAUGAGAGUGACGGUGUCGCCAGUGGGCAUAGAAAGAGACUUGUCUAAUAUACAGGAUGUACACACCGAACUUGAAUCCAGAUGCGCGCAUCUGCUAUCGUUGCUGACGAAUAGACUGGAGUUAUGGCGACGAUUCGAGAGGCAGCUGGAAAUGGUGCAACAAUCCGUUCAAGAAGCGGAUUAUAUGAUGGAACUGUUAACCGUCCAAGACUCCGUUGAUUACGACAGAUUGUUGAAGGCCACGGAGCGCCUCGAGGUGAGUUAUUUUUUUCUUUACGUUUAUAUCAGUUUGCGCAAAAGUAGAGCAGUGCAGUUUACUCAUGGUAAUAAUAUUGAGCAAUGA